GGGGAUCUCUACACACUGGCUUCAUUUUCGCUAAAGGCAGGUGAGGCGUGAUUUGGUCCAGUUCUGGUAUCCAGUCGAAUUGACUUUCAAAUGUCGGCAAGCAAUAGCACGACCGAAGAUGUGGCUUGGAACGACUCAGACCGCUUACUACGCCAGCUUAAUGAUGACAAAGCUCGUCUCUACAUCCCUGUCGUUCUCUACAUCCUCAUCCUUCUUGUAACCGGCGUCAUCGGCAACAGUCUCGUGCUCUACGUCUAUCUAAAACGAUUUAAGAGAACUUCUUCGAACUAUUUCAUCUUAUCCAUGGCCAUGUUCGACAUGGUGGUAUGUUGUAUCGGUAUGCCCACUGAAAUCUACGACCUCCGCUAUCCCUACAUGUUUUACAACAAUGCCGCUUGCAAAAUCUUACGCUACACGGAGUCAGUGCCGAUUAUAGGAUCAGCCCUAAUUUUGGUUGCCGUAGCGUUUGAUCGAUACUUCAAGAUUUGCAGACCAUUGCGUAACACACCAUUGCGCUACAUCAAGAAAAUCUGCAUUGCCAUAGCAAUCUUCGCCGUUCUAACAACGAUUCCUACCAUAUUCGUUUUUGGAUUGAAAGAUGUUGAAACAAACUAUACAGACGUUGUAGGCAAAGACUGUAGUACCCUGAAAAAGAACGGAAAGAGCACUCUGUUGUCUUUUGUUUGGUAUGGUUAUCUGUCAGUGGUGUUUGUGCUUUGUACGUGUACCAUGAUCGGACUUUACAUAAGAAUCUGGCUCGAAAUUAAACAUCGUCAGAGACAAGCGUUAGGAAGACAAGUCAGUAAAAUAUCCACGGAAGACAGCGGCUUACCCGAGUCACCGACAGCCCUGUCUCCCACGCAAAAGCCUGCGUCUGAUUCCAAGAUCGAGCGGAAACAAAAUUUUCGCGUCAAAUAUUUGCCGAGUGUAAGCAUUAGCAGUGAACCGGACUCCGGCGGAUUGCGCACAGGGGAGGCCAGAGCCAACACACUGGGAAGGCUGGGAAGCAACACAAGUGACGGAAUGGACCCCGAAAAGAAAUCUCUACGGCAGAUAGGAGAAAACGUGAUGACUAAGAUCCGUGCCAGUAAAACCACAGUGAUCCUGUUCGUCGUUACUUUGGCUUUCAUUUUGUCGUACCUGCCCACAUUGAUCGUGACGGUGAUCCGUAGUAAGGACACCAGACAACGCUCGGACACUGUCGACUUCUUGAUGAAACUGUUUUCGAAGUCUUACUUCAUAAACAAUUCCAUCAACCCGAUCAUCUACAGCUUCUUGAACAUCAACUUCCGGAUGGAAUGUGCCAAGGCUUUGGCGAGACUUUCCUCCUGCUGCUUCUGUUGUUGUCGUUCUAAUUCCAGAAGUGUCCAGUUCUCUAAAAAAGGCUGACCUUUUAUCAAGGACAUUUGAUGUCUAAACGGCAUAACAUAUUUUUACAAUUGAUUGUAGCUACGAACUCUUCGUGCAGGUGGGCCCUGAGGUAUAACUCGAUGGCUGCGUUACAUUGUUUACUCAACAGUUUGUAAACUGGCAAGUUAUAUCUGAUUAUUAUGGUGGGAGAAAACCGAGCAGAGCCCGGCGGAAACCCACGACCAUCCACAGACUGCUGACAGACCUUCCCACUUACGGCCGGAGAGUAAGCCAGCCUGAGCUUGGUUUGAACUCACAGCGACGUCAUUGGUGAGAGGCUUCUGGGUCACCGGAACAUAUUGGAUUUUCAUGAAACUUUACAGACAUUUUGGGGCAUGAUAUGUAGAUGUACACUUUCCUUUUCGAUAGAAUUUUUUUUGAAAAGCCUUAUUAAGCUGUGAGUAAGUUUUCCUCAAACUUUGCAGAUUUUUCGGAUAUGACAUGUAGAUGUGCUUUUCUGGUAGCACAUUCUUAAUUUUUUCCAAGCUAUCUCCGCCCUAAAAUGGAAACUGGAGUUUCCUGAAACUUUGCAGAUGUAUGAAGGUUUGAUGUGCACGUGCCUUUUCGUUAGCAUUUCAUGAACAGUUGUCGUCGUUUAAAGAUGGAUCUGCAGUUGGCAUGGUGACCACCUCGAGAUGUGCGCCUGCGAUAUUUUGGAUUGCAGUGCACCAGUAGGUUUUAAAUCGUUAUUGAAGGGUCAUAAUUUCCAUACCGUGGGGAUCUUUAGACGCUAGUAGAUAAUAUACACAGAAAUGAAUUUUAAACCCAUAAUUACUGAUGCGAAUGAAAUAUUUCCUAGUUUUGCGAACACCAAAGACGGCUUGAACAGACUGUGUUCUAUUAAUUAACAGAUUGCUUCUAUUAAUUCGUCUUAUGCUUUGUUUUUCCUGAAAUAAAA